AAGCCGAACCAGGUCCCCGUCCCUCAUCGCCGACCGCACCCUUCCCGCCCUCCCGCCUCGCCUCGCAUCCCCUUCCAAAAAAACCCUUCUAAGGGCGCUGGUCAGCAACACAACCGCCCACCAUGUCGGACCCGCGAGACUCGUCCUCCUACUCCAUCCUGCCCCGAAUUCGCUACAACACUGUCGGUGGCGUCAACGGCCCCUUGGUCAUCCUCGAGAAUGUCAAAUACCCCAAGUAUAACGAGAUUGUGAACAUCACCCUUCCCGAUGGCACGCAGCGAUCUGGCCAGGUUCUCGAGGCUCGAGGUGACCGAGCCGUUGUUCAGGUUUUCGAGGGUACCACCGGCAUUGACGUGAAGAAGACAAAAGUCGAGUUCACCGGCCAGAGCUUGAAGCUCGGAGUGUCCGAGGACAUGUUGGGUCGUGUCUUCGAUGGUUCUGGUCGCGCAAUUGACAAGGGCCCCAAGGUCCUCGCCGAGGAGUACCUCGACAUCAACGGCAGUCCCAUUAACCCCUUCUCCCGAGAAUACCCCGAGGAGAUGAUCUCGACCGGUAUCUCUGCCAUCGACACGAUGAACUCGAUUGCGCGUGGCCAGAAGAUUCCUAUCUUCUCCUCCGCCGGUCUGCCUCACAACGAAAUCGCUGCGCAGAUUUGCCGACAGUAUAGCCUGGUCCAGCAACAGGGGUGUCACCAACAAGGGCGUGCAUGGAUGGUCACGAAAGAAGAACUUUCUCCAUCGUUUUCGGUGGCCAUGGGGUGUCAAACUUUGAGACAGCCCGUUCCUCCACUCCGCGAUUUCGAAGGAAGAAGGCCAGUCUUGGAAGCGGGGCAAAUUCUCCUUCAACCUGGCCAACGAACCCUACGUAUGUCAGGUUCGGCGUGCACCCCCGGGCAUGAGCUACAAGCAAUCAGCAUCGAGCGAUCAUUACCCCUCGUCUCGCCCUCACCACCGCCGAAUACUACGCGCGACCAGCUCGAGAAGCACGUUCUGGUCAUUCUUACGGAUCUGUCCGCCUACUGCGACGCUCUUCGUGAGGUCUCCGCCGCCCGUGAAGAGGUGCCCGGUCGUCGUGGUUUCCCGGGUUACAUGUACACGGAUUUGUCGACUAUUUACGAGCGAGCUGGUCGUGUCUCGGGCCGUAACGGGUCCAUCACCCAGAUCCCCAUUCUGACCAUGCCCAACGAGGACAUUACCCACCCCAUUCUUGAUCUGACUGGUUACAUCUCGGAUCGCCAUAUUUUCGGCAUGACCCGCAAGGAUCACGGCGAUGUUUCCAACCAGCUGUACGCCAAGUACGCUAUUGGUCGUGACGCCGCGGCCAUGAAGGCUGUCGUCGGUGAGGAGGCUCUGUCCAACGAGGACAAGCUGUCGCUCGAGUUCCUGGAGAAGUUUGAGCGCCAGUUCAUUGCCCAGGGACCCUACGAGGCACGCACCAUUUUCGAGUCGCUCGAUCUCGCGUGGAGCUGCUCCGCAUCUACCCCAAGGACCUGCUCAACCGUAUCCCCGCCAAGAUCCUCAACGAGUAUUACCAAAGGGCGGCGAAGGAGGCCAAGGACAAGCAGAAGCAGCGUGACCAGGUGCAGCAGAACGAGGAGAACCUCAUCGACGCAUGAGAGUGCUGAUAAGUCUUGGUGA